AGCGGCAGCGCGGGCUGGGAGCUGCUGAUCCCAGAGUCCUUGCGCGCGUUCUCUGUCGUCUCUUUUGCAACCUAGCCCAGCUUCACCAUGGUGGACGCCUUCGUGGGUACCUGGAAGUUAGUGGACAGCAAGAAUUUCGAUGACUACAUGAAGUCACUCGGUGUCGGUUUUGCUACCAGGCAGGUGGCCAAUAUGACCAAGCCUACCACAAUCAUCGAAGUGAAUGGGGACACAGUCAUCAUAAAAACACAAAGCACCUUCAAGAACACAGAGAUCAGCUUCAAGCUGGGAGUCGAGUUCGAUGAGACCACGGCAGAUGACAGGAAGGUCAAGUCCAUCGUGACGCUGGAUGGCGGCAAACUUGUCCACGUGCAAAAGUGGAAUGGACAAGAGACAUCACUUGUGCGGGAAAUAGUUGAUGGGAAACUCAUUCUGACACUCACCCAUGGCAGUGCAGUUUGCACUCGUACUUAUGAGAAAGAGGCAUGACCUGCCCUCUCCUUCCACUGACUGCUGUUCUGCCAGUUGGCUGCUCCUGGACUCGGCACCAGACUGCCUCAUUUUCCUCCUCUGGCAUUUUGUAUAAAUCCACCUUGACUGGGGAAAUUCUCCUGGGGUCAGGUGGCACCAGCCUGGAUCCAGUUCCGUUCUCAUUGUGUCUGUCUGUUUUUUUAACUGCAUCCAAAGGGUGCUCUGAGGUCAAUAAAGCAGAGCCAAGGCCACCCAGUUGCCUUUCCGCCUUUGGUGACAUGA